AUGGCCAGCGACUGGGACAAGUGGUUCGAACUGCGCCUCGCUGUGGGGCGCGGCGUAGUGCUGCGAGACGUGCAACUCUGGCAACGCAGGGGAUCCAGCUCUUCGCGCCCCGCCUCUCACACCGGACUGACUGGACGACUACUGCAGGCUAUCUCCCUGGACCGGCUGCCAGUAUGGGCGGGCCGCAGCAACUCCUAUCGGUGCUUCAGCAGCAGCACCACCACACGCGCUUUUUUCGCAGCCAAGCUGUUGCGGCGGCGCCAUCGCGCCCGAGGGCUUGUUGUCGAGCUCGCGCCUACCCGGGCCUCGAAGGAGUACCUCAUCUUCCACAAGGAACUCGGCGCGGACUCGCACUUUGAGCUGUGCUGUUUUACCCUGGAUCUGUCCCGCAAGCACGCCCUGGACGCCGCGCUUAAGCCCGUGCUACCGGCUGCACGCAUUGACACCCUUGUUCUGCGAUCCGGCGCCCGGCGCCGGGCGGCCGAGAAUCGGCAAGAUCCCGCGAACACAAGCGAUGCCCGCCAGCGCUUUGUUGCGCGGCUGUCACAGUGCAUCCUCGGGGGCCUGCGUCUACGCGCCGUGCCGCAAGCACGCUACGAAAAGCUGUACCGAGCCGUCUUCCAGGCCAGCGAGUUCGCCUUCCGCGAUGAGCUCGCAGCCUCGGCCGACGUUCCGUUUGAGGCCCUGCAAGACUGCGUUGAGACCCUCCUCAAACUAUUUACAAGGUCUUAA